AUGGCAAUGUCAAUAGAAACAAUCAUGUUUAUUCGACACAGAGAUCAUGACGCUGGAAUUCAAGCAUGGAUAAAACUACAGCCACAAUCACUUUUUACAAAUUAUAGAAUUGAAAGUGCCAACAAUAAUGAAAUCAAUCUAUUCUUUCGUGUGAGCGACUUGCUUUACAUUAGCAAAGUCGCGCAGCAAGCAACCAACAUCAUGAUCAACCUGAGAUUAAGAGACGGUCAGCCUUAUCUCAACUGGAAAAUGACGUUACAAGAUCGAAAUGGAUCCUCUAUGGAAUCUGUUCAGGAAUUAGGAGUCAGCCUUAUCUCUCCAGACAGGAUGGUGUACAUCAAAGAGCCAAGAACCUUGGGCAUUCCACACACCUAUAUCCUACUGCCUAAUGUAUCUACACUUAAACCCGUAGCAGAGAGACUAAAAUCACUUUCAAAAUAUCUCACAUUAUCUGCCAACAUGAACGGUGUCUUUAAGGUGACAAUCGAAACAGUAAACUGUGAAUGUGAGGCGAUAUUUGAAGGAUUAGAGAACCCUCAGCUAGAAGGACAGCAGCCAAAUGAGGAUGUAAAUGAAUUUGCUCAUGUACGUAUUGCGAGUGACGACUUUGUAAGCUUUUUAAACUGUUAUCACUUGGAUCCCCAAAACGUGGUUUGUUCGAUUACAGACGAUCUACAGCUUGUAUUCUAUGUUUAUAUGAUCAUUGAUACAUAUCAAGCACAUGAAGCGCCUAUUCGCCCUAUUCAUUCACCACAGACCAUCAUGACCUGUCAUGUUCCUGCUUAUUAUGAAUAA